CUGACAUCAGAGCCGCAGGCGGGCGGAGAAAGGCAGCUGGGCUGAGCCGAGCCCCAGCGCGAGAGCGGGCGGGCGAGCCGAGAGCGCAGCGGCUGCGGACGGCGGCCAGAGCUCGGUGCCAGCCACCUCGGGCCUCCCAGCCAGCCCCGCGGCGGGGCAGCCGCAGGAGCCCUGGCUGUGGCCGGAGGGCAGUGGGCCAUGCCGGGGGCAGUGGAAGGCCCCAGCUGGAAGCAGGCGGAGGACAUUAGGGACAUUUAUGACUUCCGAGAUGUUCUGGGCACGGGGGCCUUCUCAGAGGUAAUACUGGCAGAAGAUAAGAGGACGCAGAAGCUGGUGGCCAUCAAAUGCAUUGCCAAGAAGGCCCUGGAGGGCAAGGAGGGCAGCAUGGAGAAUGAGAUCGCUGUCCUGCACAAGAUCAAGCACCCCAACAUCGUAGCCCUGGAUGACAUCUAUGAGAGUGGGGGCCACCUCUACCUCAUCAUGCAGCUGGUGUCGGGCGGGGAGCUGUUUGACCGUAUUGUGGAAAAAGGCUUCUAUACAGAGCGUGAUGCCAGUCGCCUCAUCUUCCAAGUGCUGGAUGCUGUUAAGUACCUGCAUGACCUGGGCAUUGUACACCGGGAUCUCAAGCCAGAGAAUCUGCUGUACUACAGCCUGGAUGAAGACUCCAAGAUCAUGAUAUCUGACUUUGGCCUCUCCAAGAUGGAGGACCCUGGCAGCGUGCUCUCAACUGCCUGUGGAACUCCAGGAUACGUGGCCCCUGAGGUCCUGGCCCAGAAGCCCUAUAGCAAGGCUGUGGAUUGCUGGUCCAUCGGGGUCAUUGCCUACAUCCUGCUCUGCGGUUAUCCCCCCUUCUAUGACGAGAAUGAUGCCAAACUCUUUGAACAGAUUUUGAAGGCCGAGUAUGAGUUUGACUCUCCUUACUGGGACGACAUCUCUGAUUCUGCCAAAGACUUCAUCCGACACUUGAUGGAGAAAGAUCCAGAGAAGAGGUUCACCUGUGAGCAGGCCUUGCAGCACCCAUGGAUUGCAGGAGAUACGGCUCUAGAUAAGAAUAUCCACCAGUCGGUGAGCGAGCAGAUCAAGAAGAACUUUGCCAAGAGCAAGUGGAAGCAAGCCUUCAAUGCCACGGCUGUGGUACGGCAUAUGAGGAAGCUACAGCUGGGCACCAGCCAGGAGGGGCAGGGACAGAUGGCAAGCCAUGGGGAGCUGCUGACACCAGCAGCUGGGGGUGAGGAGUGCGGCUCUCUGGAAGGGCAUGGGUGGUCCACCAAGAAGGACUCAGGCUGGAGUGGAGGGUCUGCCCAACAGCCAACUCUGUUUUCUGUUCCCAUGUAGGGCCCGUGCCAGGCUGCUGCUGUCGAGAUUGCUGCAUGGAGCCAGGCCCAGAACUGUCCCCCACACUGCCACCCCAGAUCUAGGGCCCUGGAUGUAGAGCCAGGAUCCCCUGCAUGGGAGGGGUUGGGGGGCAGCCUGCUCCCCUUCCCUCCGAACUAGGGAGUUAAACUCGGUCCCAUCCUUUCCUCGCCCCCUUCCCUAUCACUGCUCACUGCAUUUUCCAUACAAAUGUUUCUAUUUUAUUGCUCCUUCUUAUAAUAAAGGGAAUAAGAUAAAACCAUA